UCAAAGACCUGCAGCGUGAACGGAGGGGUCCAGAGGUCACCCUGGGCAGGCCGCAUGCUGCAGCGGAUCCAAUCCAGAUCCCAGGAGAGCCCCUGCACACCUCCGCACCCUGUCUCCCACCUAUAAAAGGAGGAGAUUGGCCCAGUUGACCCAUCUCUGCAAAACAGUGCAUAUACCACUGCCCCGCUGCAGACUGACCUGGGAGGCAGUGGCCUCUGGCCCAGGGGGGACACCGCCAUGGCCCUCCUGAUACACCUGCUGGUCUGCAUCUUCGGAAUGGGUUCCUGGGUAGCCAUCAACGGGCUCUGGGUAGAGCUGCCCCUGCUGGUGACGGAGCUGCCCGAGGGCUGGUACCUGCCCUCCUACCUCACAGUGGUCAUCCAGUUGGCCAACGUCGGCCCCCUCCUGGUCACCCUGUUCCAUCACUUCCGGCCCGGCUACCUUUCCGAGGUGCCCAUCAUCUUCGCCGUGCUGGGGGUGGGCACCAUCGCCUGUGUGCUCUUCGCCUUCCUCUGGAAUGUGACCUCCUGGGUCCUGGGCAGCCCCCACAGCAUCGCCUUCAUAGUCCUCACCUUCUUCCUGGCCCUGGUGGACUGCACCUCUUCGGUCACCUUCCUGCCCUUCAUGAACCGGCUGCCCACCCAGUACCUCACCACCUUCUUUGUGGGUGAAGGGCUCAGCGGCCUCCUGCCUGCGCUGGUGGCUCUUGCCCAGGGCUCGGGUCUCACCACCUGCGUCAACGUCACUGAGGCGUCAGACGUCAUGCCAAGCCCCGUGACCACCAGAGAGACCAACGUCACACAGGGAGUUCUCAGCACCCUGGUGUCAGCCCUCCCCGGGACGGCGACCCCUGCAGUGCUGCUGGAGAGCCGCUACCUCCCUGCGCACUUCUCACCCCUUGUCUUCUUCCUCCUGCUGUCCUGCAUGAUGGCCGGCUGCUUUGUCGCGUUCUUUCUCCUCCAGCGCCAACGCAGGUGCUGGGACGCCUCCGUAGAGGACCUCAUCAACUCCCAGAUCACUCUCCACUCCAUCCGGCCACGGGGAGAGAAGGACUUGGGUCUCCCGGACAGCAGCCAGGGCCAGGAGCACAGAGAGGAGAAGGCGGCCCCCCACACCCCGGCUCGCCUGGCCUUCAUCUACACACUGGUGGCCUUUGUGAACGCGCUCACCAACGGCGUGCUGCCCUCCGUGCAGACCUACUCCUGCCUGUCCUACGGGCCUGUCGCCUACCACCUGGCUGCCACACUCAGCUCCAUGGCCAACCCUCUCGCCUCCUUCCUCUGCAUGUUCCUGCCUAACAGGUCUCUGCCAUUCCUGGGGGUCCUCACAGUGCUUGGGACCGGCUUUGGGGCCUACAACAUGGCCAUGGCUGUGAAGAGCCCCUGCCCCCUCCUGCAGGGCCACUGGAGUGGGGACGUCCUUAUUGUGGCCUCGUGGGUGCUGUUCACCGGCUGUCUGAGCUACGUCAAGGUGAUGCUGGGCGUGAUCCUGCGCGACCGCAGCCGCAGCGCCCUCUUGUGGUGCGGGGCGGCGGUGCAGCUAGGCUCGCUGCUCGGGGCGGUGCUCAUGUUCCCGCUGGUCAACGUGCUUCGCCUCUUUGUGUCUGCCGACUUCUGCAACCUGCACUGCCCGGCCUAG